AUGCCGUCGCAUAUUGUCUACAGUAACGUCCAUCGUGGUGAUGAUCCGGAUCCCGAGGGCGAUGGUGACAACCGCGGAAACCACGCCGGAAGUGGCACGCUCUUCGCUGGCCAGAAACUGUGGUUCUCUCACUCGGUUCCUCAGCGCAAAUGGCUCCUCGAGAACGCCCGGAACAACGGUGCCGUCAUCGUCAAUGUAGACACCAAUGCGGACGUCAAGCUUGUCGACCACACGAGAAAGAACCAGCCUGUCGGAGCGUAUUCUUACAAGUACGUUGAGUUGUCGAUUCGGCGGGGGCGGCUGGAAAACCUUGCGGACCAUGCAGUUGGCGUUGCUACCAGGGCCGCGAGACCUGUUGGGAGCACUGCCACCGCUCCCAGAGGAUCAAGAGUGCCCUACACGGAAGAAGACGAUCAGUUUCUGUGGAAUUGGAUGAAGCCUUUCGAAGACAGUGGAGGAGCAUACAAAGGAAACGAGAUCUACAAGCAAAUCGAGCAGGUCAAUCCACGUCACACUUUCCAGAGUUGGCGAGAUAGAUGGUUAAAAGCCACUCGGUUCCAGAACAGACAGGUGACGAAGUCCGUCGAGUCGGUGUCGCAAGAAAGACAGAGUCCGGAAGAAGAAACCCGGCAAGCGCCAUCUCUACCUGGGGGCUCCGUCCACAGAACAGAUCAAGGUAGCUCCAACACAGCCACGUUAUUACCUAGGAAGAGAAAGGCAGGAUCCUUGUACGACGCGCCCUCUCACAUACGGCCUCGACAUCCAAGCGACUCUCCAACCAGGCACGCGAGCCCCGAACUGCACACUACUGCUGCUUCUGGGGGCCGGGAAACGUUACCAUCGAAGCGGGAUGAGCGAACGGGUCAAGAUGCUGUGUUGGACGACGAACGUACUCAGAAAACCGGGCACAAUGUUAGUACUCAGGACUCUCUGGAAGACGAAAAACUCCAUACGGAAAAUGAGAAGAGAUUCUUGGAUGAUAUCGCAGGCCCAUUUUCCAAAGCAGAGUCUCUGCCACUCUACAGAUUGGUUCCGAGGUUGAGCCAUAUGGGGCUCGAGGAAUUCGACAAUGUGUGGAGACAAAUGGCAUCGUCUGAAGACUAUAAACACCAUACCGCCAAACAGUGGAAACACUGGUUUGAGUAUCGUGUUUUGCCAGACUAUUGCAGGAUAGAAAACGUGCCAAUGGAUCAAAUUGCACCUUACAUGUCUAUGCGGAAAGAGGACAGCUCGACUGGUGAUGGUAAUGACGACGAUGAGAAUAACGCUGGAGAUGAAGAUGAAGACGAACAGCCGGCUGACGGCGACGUGGACAUGAACCAGGACAAGGGGCUCGGCGAAGAGCUCGACAGGUGCACCAACUGCUACACGAUGGAAGCGCAGGAGUGGCAUCACGAUAGGAAAGGCCGAAUCUUGUGCAAUCCAUGUGCCGUCUUCUUGAGGACGCACGGCGUUCCAAGACCUUCAACCAUGGGCAUAGUCAGAUUGAAUGCACCGAAGGAAGAUCAGAACCCAGAUCCGGGUGUCAUGCAAACGCCCCCGCGUGCAUCCUCUCCUCCAAAACUUGCUAUACCCCCUAUUAUCGCCUCCAUCAAAGUAUCCCCCAAAAUCUCACCUGCGGACGUGGGCGGUUUUGCAGGAGAUGGACGGACGACACCACGGGCACAAUGCCACUUACGAUCUCCUUCUUUCCAACCAGAAUCUCCCACACUGGUUCGAGCUCCAGAACCAAACGAAGCUAGGAAGCGAAGUACAGGACCUGGGCGCGGCUCCCAAUCACAAUCAACCCAGAGCACCAAUGGAACUAGCAAUCAAAGUAACACACAAUCCUUCUCGCAGAACCCUGGGCUGACAAUUGGUGAAUCUCAACUGGAGGAGGUUCAAAUACCUUCCAAUGAGCAGACGGCAAGAAUGGAUAAGAGGGCCGUAAAUCCUGCUCCCUCAUUCAGCUUUGUAACAUUCAGUAACCACCAUCGACCACGCCUGCAUGAUGGACCAGGCGAUCUCGAUAUCGAGCAGGAGUCGUCCCUCAGGAUGGACAGAGGUCCACGCCGGGAACCACCGGUAUUUCACAGCUCUACAGAGACAGAUGUGUUAUUGAAUUCUCCCCCUUUGGCUUCGAGGAGCAUUUCACGAGAUUCACCUCUGCCUGUUCCAGAAGGGUUCUCACCGCUGUUCGUAGCACAGGACGAGGAAGAAGACGACCUGGAAGUACUGGAAGGGCUAAGUACGCUCCGAGAAGAGGAAGGUGAAUUAGAGGAUGAUAUUAUGACGAGUCCGCUGAGGAUCGACCUGAUUAGCGAGGAAGACCAGUCCUCAGUAACUAUGAGCGAGCCCCGUUCCGAUACACAAAAAGAGCCUGGUGACGAGAGGGAGGGGUCAAACUCAUACAGCACGCCAAACCACGAAACUUUGCAGAGGAACGCUCAGGAGUCGUACCAGACAAGUCGAGAGACGCUGGAACAAUAUGAGACAGCACCAGAACAGCAGCAGCAGCAGCCACGAAAGCGGAAGCAUUCACGCGACCGACUUUCGACCCAGGCGCUGUUCGGCCAGACAGACCUUGACGAGGAGGUCUCUGCCUAUCUCGAGAUAGUCGAGCCCGAAGGUGGCUGGGACAGCGUUCUCGGCCCUGGCUCUGGGGCUCCGGAUGCAGAUGCGGAAGUAGAUGUGGAUGUUGGCGAUGCAGGCCAACAACAACAAAUACAACAAGAACAACAGCUCCCGAGUCGUCCCGAACCACUCGAUACCGACAGUGCAAAUGAAGCACAUCGCCACGAUCUAGAAAAGGACCUCCGCCCCGGCGAAUUUCUCAUCGAUGCAUGGUGCAGACGCCAGAAGCAGCGACGUCCCGACGUCCCUGACGCUUUUCUCCUCCAAGCGGCGCAUUGCACCACUCAGGAAUACGGACCCAGGAGUGAGGAGAUGGUCGAAUUUUUCCUCGAGCGGUGGCGGCUGAAGGGGCAACGUACUUUUCCUUCGUCGGCCACGUCUUCGAGGAGAAGUCGUCAGCAGCAAAAGCAGCGGCCUUCCAAGUCCGAUCUCAGACCCCCCUCGGACGUACCGGGUGUAUGGACCGAUGAAGACGACGAGCUCCUCAAGUCCACAGACGUCUAUCACAGGCGGCGACUGAUCAAUAAACACGGCCAGGAAGCUUGUAUGCGCCGCCGCCAGUAUCUCAAGGACUUUGAAGAUGAGGUCGUAGGAUAA